AUGAGGUCGGUGAUCAUCUGGAAGCAGCAGCUGUGGAGGAACACUGCCGACACGCAAUCAGACUUAAAACCGCGUUAAGAAUUAAUCAGAGGUGUGCGUCUUUCCACUGCAAUAAUCACCGCCUUAAUCACCAGCGGUCAUCGCGUAAAUCAAUACUUCACCUAAGAGCUCGUGUAGGGACAGUCAUCAACAGAGAGCUCACGAAUUCAUCACAGUAAGAAACGGAAGAACGUUGUGUUAACCGCUGUCGAGAUAAGGCUUUUUACAAAAAGCAUCACCGAAUGACGAAAGCGUCUACGGAAAGACGAUAGCGUUCUACUGGGGGGCGGAAACCCUUCACGGCGUCGCCACAGUUUCGUCAUGGAUUUCUCUGAUCUGCUUUUGGCUAACUCUAGUUGCGAGGGGGGAGAAUGCGAGUUAUUGGCCUUCAACUUCACCCUCGGAGAUUCCAGCGACGAUUUUGCCAGUCGCCAAAUUUCUGCAGAGCAAUCACUUGUGUUUAAAUACGGGCGUCUAUUUUACGCCUAUUUCACCCCGGCGAUAAUAGUCAUAGGCCUAUGCGGGAACAGUCUCUCUUUCAACGUUUUCAUAAGUCGGAGCAUGCGCGGUCUGUCUGCAAGCCAGUACCUGGCGGCGCUCUCAAUCUCGGACAUUCUCGUUCUGGUGGUGUACGUGUUCUUGGACUGGACUACACGUGGCCUUCCGUUCCUCCCACGGAACAUCAAACUGGAUAUUCUGGCUAUGAACGGGGUAUGCCACAUGUUUCUGUACUUUUCAUAUUCCCUGCGGUUCAUAUCGGUCUGGCUUAUCGUCGCCUUCACCAUAGAACGCUACAUCGGCGUCUGUCUGCCAUUGAAGAAAAUCAAGAUUUGCAGCCGGGCAUAUGCACGGCGUACCAUUCUAACCUACACGGCUGUUGGCAUGGUGAUCAGCCUGUACAAGCCUAUUUUGAGCGGCGUCUACGCCAAGGAGGAGGUCGGUGUCAAGGUGUGUACCUUUAAUCCAGAGUACGAGUUUGUUUCCAACGUCCUGGAUGCAGUGUUUGGCCUCGCCAUCACUCUGGUGCCGUUCCUUAUUAUAGCUGUGCUCAAUGUCAUCAUGGUGCACAAACUGCGCAUGCGUAGCAAGAGGAAUAAGAACGGUAUGCGCGUCCACUGCGUGGUGAAGGAGAAUAAGCUGAGACUGGAGAUGACGCUGAUUCUCAUCGGCCUUUCUACCUGCUUCAUUGCCCUCAACUUGCCUUACUUCGCGGUCUGGUGCUUCAGCAGGUACCAGACACUCAACGGGAGCUCCAACAGCCUCGCCGACCUGGUGACCACGCGAGGAGUCCUUUACAUCACGAGGACCAUCUUCUACAUCAACUACUGCAGCAAUUUUUUCCUGUACAGCAUCACCGGGGCGUGCUUUCGAAAAGAGCUGCUUGAUCUCUUUCGCUACCAUCGGCUUCUCAAGCGCAGAAGUUUUGAGCAAGAGACGAGGAAGUAUUCCCCGAUUUUGAAGCGACCGUCCACGGAGUCGUCGCUGUAAUGGUGCUAGCCUGCCGGGAACAUUCUCGCCUCGAGGAAAGUCCUUGGAGUAUGUGAAAAAUGAAAACAGUCGAUGUGCUGCAACUCUGAUCAUUUCUAUUUUGUAUUACUCUCAGUGGGUGCUCUGUCAACACAUUUGCUCUAUUUUUAUACCACACUUGAUUGAAAGAAGUGACACGAACAACUUUACUUCAACGCAAUAUCUUUUCUACAAUUUAUACCUCAAUUAUUCGCACUUUGUAUCUCAUAAUAUUAUCCUAGAUUUUUCCUGGUCAGGGUAAAAUAUAUAAAUAAAUAUGGUGUUCAUAAAGUGGGGUUGAUCAA